UAUGUCAGUCAAUUUGUCAAAGUCAAAAGCCCACUGAUCAUGAUUUAAAAUUAAAAAUAUAACCUAACUCAAUUUCUGAACCUAAAAUAGUUUAAUAUUUUCGAUAACGCUUGCUCAAAAAAGUGAUUGAUUUUAAUAGAAAUUAACUUUUCGAACAUACAUAUCGUUCAAUAUGUCUAAAACUGCAAGUAAAGGUUCAAAAGGCAAAUCCAAUGAAGAAGUUUUCGCAGGUUUCCAAACUCUAAGAAAUGAACAAAGGCAACUUGCUAAUAAAAUCUCCGAGUUAGAAAUGGAUUUGAACGAACAUAAGAUUGUUAUAGAAACAUUACAAGCAGUAGAGCCGAAACGAAAGUGUUUUCGCAUGAUCGGAGGAGUUUUAGUAGAACGCACUGUUGCGGAUGUGCUGCCUGAAUUAGAAGGCAACCGUGAAAGAUUACCUCGCGCUAUACAGGCUUUAAACGAACAACUAGCACGUAAGGGGCAAGAGAUCAAUGACUACAUUGAGAAGCAUGACAUCCGCGUACAGCGCGGUGGGCCCACUGACGAACCUGCCGAAGAGUCUGCCAACACCAAAUCCAAUGUACUUGUAGCUAGCGGCUGAUCAUACUUAGACUCAUUCAUUUUGUAUGUGCUUGACUAAACCCCAAUUCUCUGUACAAUUUGACCUUUUUGAGUAUGUCUAAUUGUGAAUAUGAGAUAUAAACUGAUAUUUUUAAAUUGAUUUGUAACAAUAAUUUAUUUUGCUUACAUAUUUCUAAGAUUACUAAUUCUUACAAAGGUCUGAUUAUGUCUUACACAAGUGCAUUUUGUAUUGUUACUCUCUUAGAUAUUUAUUUCUUGUAUUGAAUGUAGGAGUUGUGUUUAGUAAAAAGUCUAAAUUUUCGAAAAAACAAAACCAAUUUAUUAACAGAAGGAAUGGUUAUACACUUAUAUAUUAUUUAUAACAUUGGACUUAAUUCUUAUAAUGUAUCAUGAUUUGAUCACAACCAUUAAAA